UCCGAGGGGCCGUGGCUACCUGGGCCUCCAGCGUCUCCGGGGAACUGAAGCGGCGGCGGCGGCGGCGGCGGCGGCAGGGAUGGCAUUGCUGGGCUUACUGCAGGCGGGCGGGUCGGUGCUGAGGCAGGCAACGGAACAGGUGACAGGUGGCAACCUCCUAUCCAUGCUGCUGAUCGCCUGCGCCUUUACUCUCAGCCUGGUCUACCUGUUCCGCCUCGCCAUCGGCCACCUGGCCCCUCUGCACGGCGGGGCGAAAAGUCCACCACACAUUUUCUCUCCAAUUCCAUUCCUUGGGCAUGCCAUAGCAUUUGGGAGAAGUCCAAUUGAAUUCCUAGAAAAUGCAUAUGAGAAGUACGGACCUGUGUUUAGUUUUACCAUGGUGGGCAAGACGUUUACUUACCUUCUGGGGAGUGAUGCUGCUGCCCUGCUUUUUAAUAGUAAAAACGAAGACCUGAAUGCAGAAGAUGUCUACGGUCGUCUGACAACACCUGUGUUUGGGAAGGGAGUUGCAUAUGAUGUGCCGAAUCCAGUUUUCUUGGAGCAGAAGAAAAUGUUAAAAAGUGGCCUUAAUAUAGCCCACUUUAGACAGCACGUUUCUAUAAUUGAAAAAGAAACAAAGGAAUACUUUCAGAGUUGGGGAGAAAGUGGAGAAAGAAAUUUGUUUGAAGCUCUUUCUGAGCUUAUAAUCUUAACAGCUAGUCAUUGUUUACAUGGAAAGGAAAUCAGAAGUCAGCUCAAUGAGAAGAUGGCACAACUGUAUGCAGAUUUGGAUGGAGGUUUCAGCCACGCAGCCUGGCUGUUGCCUGGUUGGCUCCCUUUGCCGAGUUUCAGACGCAGGGACAGAGCUCAUCGAGAGAUAAAGAAUAUUUUCUAUAAAGCAAUCCAGAAACGCAGACAGUCAGAAGAAAAAAUUGAUGACAUUCUCCAGACUUUACUAGAUUCCACUUACAAGGAUGGACGUCCUUUGACAGAUGAUGAAAUAGCAGGCAUGCUGAUUGGACUGCUUUUGGCUGGGCAGCAUACGUCCUCAACUACUAGUGCCUGGAUGGGCUUCUUUUUGGCCAGAGACAAAACACUUCAAGAAAAAUGUUAUUUAGAACAGAAAACUGUCUGUGGAGAGGAUCUACCUCCUUUAACUUAUGACCAGGUGAAAGAUCUAAAUUUACUUGAUCGCUGUAUAAAAGAAACAUUAAGACUUCGACCUCCUAUAAUGACCAUGAUGAGAAUGGCCAAAACUCCUCAGAUUGUGGCAGGAUAUACCAUUCCUCCAGGACAUCAGGUGUGUGUUUCUCCCACUGUCAAUCAAAGACUGAAAGACUCAUGGGUAGAACGUCUGGAGUUUAAUCCUGAUCGCUACUUACAGGACAAUCCAGCAUCAGGAGAGAAGUUUGCCUAUGUGCCAUUUGGAGCUGGGCGUCAUCGUUGUAUUGGGGAGAAUUUCGCCUAUGUGCAAAUCAAGACAAUUUGGUCCACUAUGCUUCGUUUAUUUGAAUUUGAUCUCAUUGAUGGUUAUUUUCCCACUGUGAAUUACACAACCAUGAUUCACACCCCUGAAAACCCAGUUAUCAGAUACAAACAAAGACCAAAAUGAAAAAGGAAUACAUGAAACAUCACUGUAAACGGCAAAAACAUCAGAAGAGAAUGAAGUUUAUGAAACAACUCUUCAGUGCAUUUUCUUUGAGGGUGUAAUUUUAAAAGACUGCCAGCUUAACUUAGGGUUUUUGUAUUUUCUUAACUGAAAACUUCCAUCAAAUCUAAUGGCAUUUCAGACAUUUCCCAAUAGUUUUUUGAUGGAUAUUUACUACACAUGCUUUGUAAAUUAAGGAAAUCAAGCUCACCAGUAAAUAAUUAUUUAGGGGGAUCUUGGUAAUUGGCAAAUUCUAAAUAACAGGAUUUCUUGAUAUUAAUUUUAAUAGCUCUUGGCAAGUUAGUUCAGGGUACUCAAAUCUUGGACUAGAUGCAGGUGUAAAAGCUCAGUGGGAUACUAGGAAGCCUCAGAUUAUUCAUUCAUUUGCUUGGUAAUGUUUGUGUGUGUGAGUGAGGAUUGGUGGGUAGGGAAUAAACUCACAUUUAGAGCCUUGGAUAAAAGAGAAACUAUUGUUUGGGGUGAUGAUUCUUAGUGAUGAUGGAGCUGUGUUGUAGACAAAUUUGUCCUGAAGAAACACUGUUAUACUGACUUAAUUACAUUUCCUAAAAAAAAUAAAUACUAAAGACUGCUGUGUGACUUGAUCUAAUUACUAAAUAUUUACCUACCUGAUAAAUUGGUCUCUUGUUCCUGUUGGUCACAUCUGUGAAAGUCCAAAAAAGUCUCUGAGGGAUAAUUUUUGUUCUCUUCAGCUCAAGGUGGUUCCUGGCUUCUUCUUAAUGUAAUUAGAGAUUUUAUGUUACUAGUUCUGUUUAUUAAAACUUAAUUUAUGCCAAGCAAUUUUGUUUGUUUUUAAUAGAAAAUCUGAGAUCAGGAAACUCUGGCUUUAAUAUAAGGGUAAUAUUAAGCAUAGUAUCAUUGGUCCUAUUUCGUGAAAGUUGUGUUCGGGAGUCAACCUAAAUUAUAACGGGAGCCUGUCUCUAUCAUACCUGUAAUUCAACGACAGUCUGUUUUUACUAGAUGAUGCCAAAAUAUUUUCCAUCAUGUGUAUAACAGUUUUGUUUAAGAGGCUGGAGGACUCAUUAAAGGUUCAAGUCUACCUCUGCUGUUACUUUUUCACAUUAAAAUUGUCUUUGAGAAAAAAUGUCUAUAUUCAUGAAUUGUAAAGUUACGUGCUUCAGUGAGAUCCAGGAAUCUAAAAACUUGGAUGGGAAAAAAAUGCCUUUCUUGUACUAGUUUCAAAUUAAUUUAGUAUUUCCUUUAUUUACAAAUUUAGGCAACAAAGUACACUAGUAUUAGCAGUAAGUACCCAUGAUUUUGGAAACAAAUCACAGAUAUUUUCAUACCAUUAUUGUACAUCUCUUGAAAUAUCUUUUACUCUCAUCACUACUUUGAAAUUAUGGUAGUUAGAUCAACUGCUAGAUCUUAUUUCUUUAAACUUACAUAUAAAUUUUUUUGUUUGACUUUCUAUAUAAUUGGUUUCCUUUACAAUCCUAUAUGUUUUAUAUCUGUAAAAGCAUUAUUCUUAGAAGGAACCCAUAGUUUCCACAAGAAAGUUUGAGAGGUUCAUGGCACAAAAAAAGUUAAAGCUCCGAGAUAAGAUGGCUAAUCUGUGUUUAGUGAAUAGUUUUAGACCUUAAUAGAUUUAAUUUUUAAGCAGACUAAUUAUUGAGAAGCAUUAACAAGCUGACCACAGAGGCCUAAUCUCAAAAGGAGGGCUGAUGGUCAAACAUGGGAGUGAAAUGAGAUUGUUCAGAACACUUGUCUAUCUGCUCCUUUCUCCAUUCUCAGAACAGAAUAGUCUUGAAUGUCAAAUUAUGAAAGGUUUUACUCAAAACCCUCACCUUCAACUACGUGCUUUAGAAUACAUUUGUUAUUUCUAGAACUCUUACUGGAAUUCAGCUGCUAAUAUAUGUAUAAUUUAGAUAAUGAGAAAUCUUUAAGGAUACAUACAAUUUGUUUCCAUAGCCUAUGUGUGUUGGUAAAAAUCAGAAUAUCCAAUAGUAAGACAAAAUUCUCUGGUUAUAAGCAUCUAUAAUACUACUCUUGCUGUUUUAGUGAGUUGCCAAGUUACAAGAGAGGACUCUAAUUAAGAUACAACAUUGAGAUUUAUAUUAUCUCAGUUUCCCAAUCUGAACUGGGCUAGACAUCAGAAAUACUGUUUAAUUCUGUUGUAUUGGGGUUAAUAAAAUUUAAGAUUACUUGAGUUAAAUGAGUUCUGUAUCAUCUUAGUGCACAUAGCUUUGUGAGGACACACAUAACACUAAAUAUAACAGGGCAAGUAAGGAUGAAUCAUAAAAAUACCAAUAUAGCUUUUAAAAACUGUAAUAAGAUGUAAGGUUGCUACAACGGCACAUGGAAAAUGCUGCAAUAGAAGGAGAGAGAUCCCAGUAAGACCUCCAAGAUUAUCACAACUUUCUGAAUCUCUAAGUCCCACGACUUUCUGGUAGGUAAUGACACAAUAUGCACUGCCACAGACUGAAUGUUUGUGUCCCCCACCCCCACUCAUAUGUAGAAACCUAAUCCCCAAUUUGUUGGUAUUCAGGAAUGGGGCCUUUGGAGGCGAUUCCAUCAUGGUGGUGCUCUCCUGAACGGGAGAGUUCCCACGCAUGUCCCUUCUGCCAUGUGAGGACACACCAAGAAGACGGCUGUCUACGAGCCAGGAAGCAGGCCCCUACCAGUCACUGAAUCUGGAUCCCAGUCUCC